AUGACUUCUUGGAUUUCUGAUGGAUGGAAACAAAAAAGUAUCAGUGAUGGUGGUGGUGAUAUUAUUAGAAAGAAUCCUGUCAUUAUUAUUGAAUAUAGUAUUUUCAAUGAUAGUGAUGAUGAUAAUAAUGACGAUCUGGAUGACAGUGAUCUCGAUUCUAUUGAAGGAAGUUCAAUUGAAUCUUAUUCAUCCAGUGCAGAGAUAUCAACCACUAAGCCUACUCAAUCUCCAGUUAAAAGCCAUUGUACUUAUAUCAAUUUACCAAACUAUCCAAUGGCAAAUCAAAGAAAAAAAUGUAUAGUGAAACUUACCAAGACAGUUCACACUAUAGACAGAGCAUUAUAUCGGCCUUCUUUAAUAUAUCCAAUGGUUAAUUUAAAAUACCAAUUACAAUUGAUAUAUAAUCGAAAAGGAUUUGAGGAAUCAUACAGGAAAUGA